AGUUACAUUGUAUCUCCCUUACAGAAAGGAGCGAGGGAUCUAGGACUCAACUCAAGGGAAAAAUGAAUGAAUAUACUUGAAAAUGGACGUGCCGGGAUGUUGGAUUUAUCGUCUUGGAGUUUAGGAAAGGCGCAUUUGACGAAAGCUUUGAGAUUUAGAUCCUGCGAUGCCAGUUUCAAGGCAGUGUUUCCAUUUCUGAACGGGAUCUUUAGGAGUGUGAUGGCUGCUGGCCUUCCCUUUCUCUAGUUGCUUGGAUGUGUUGGAAAGUGCUCCGCUUUGGGAUCAUUUCUGGAAUUCCGCAGGCAAAUCCAGAGGCCUUUCCACCAUCCUCUAUGGAAUGUACAUAAGUAUUCUCUGGAUAGGGGUUUGCGUGCGGGGGCAAAAUGUGGGUGACUGGGAAGUUGACAUCAAUACGUUGAGGAUAUUGUUCUCCCCGCACCCUGGCAGUCUGAGAAAUCAGACUUUACUGUAACAAACCUGGGCCGCUGGCACUAAAAUGUCCCUAAGUAGUGGCACUGCAGGCGGGAAAGGUGUGGACUCGAAUGCGGUGGACACUUACGACAGCGGUGAUGAGUGGGAUAUCGGGGUUGGAAAUCUGAUUAUCGACCUUGACGCUGACCUAGAGAAGGACAAACUCGAGAUGUCUGGCACUAAGGACGGAGGGGGAAUGGCAGCUCCUCCUAGCGCAGUAGCGGCUCUGCCUGACAAUAUCAAGUUCGUUAGUCCUGUGAGUGCCCCUCAGGGCAAAGAGAGCAAAUCUAAAUCUAAACGCAACAAAAAUUCUAAAGACAAUAGCAGCAAGUCUCAAGCUGCAGAUGGAGCAAAAAAGGACCAUCAGGGACGGACCCAAGGGGAGGUUACUGGUGCAACAGGUAGUUCAGGAGGCGGGAACUCCGCUCCUGGCAAAGGCAUCGAGAAGGGUGCCAAGGCCUCACGUGGUGUGCCGAACAGCAAAAAGGAGAAGGACGUAUCGAGUGGGAAAAACAAGAAAGACAAAAAUGAAAGUGGACCAGUCGCAGUUGUGGCAAUUGAAAAGGAUAUAGUGACAAGUGCUCAAGCAUUUGGAAGCACACGCAACACAGCCUUUGACAAUACACAGAACGCAGACAUGGCUGUGACAGAGCAACUUGGGAAUAACACUCUGGAAACUGUUGGAAUUGUCUCUCCGUCUAUUAAAUCGGAGCCAGAGGAGCUUGACGGGGAAUGCAGAGCUUUGAAGAAGGUGAAAAAUGAAAAGGUAAGCAUGGAUGGUAUAUUUAAACCAUUUAGCAGCUAAUGUAAAUUGCGUUAUUGGAGUAUUGAUAACAUGGGUCAAUAUUAACGACCUAAACAUCUGAAUGCAAGUGAGUUGUUUCCUCUGUGGUAAUGUUUUCUUUGCAUCCUGUCUUUGGCCUUGUGUGUGCUUUUUGUGAUUGCCACUUGUAUUGAUUGGAUUGUAGAGGAAGGAUUGGAUGUGUGAAAGAGGUUGGAACAAAUAUGUGAGGCAAAAUCGAGAUUUAAAGACUCGUAAAAGCAUGAUAGCAUUUGCUAAUUAAAAAAAACUCAUGUGGAGAUGUAUUUUUACAUCACUGAAUCAGCAUCAUUUCGGAGACUGCUACUGUUUUCCAGAGUUUGCAUUUUUAACCGUACCUACAUACAUUGAGGCAGCCUUCAAAACUGAAAUGAUAUGCGCUGGGUUUUCCACCAAGGCAACAUGGGGUGCCAAAAUAUAAUUGGGUGAACUGUUCUUUGUAAUUCCGCCUAACUGCCAAAGACAGACAUUCCGACACGAAACGCACAUUUUCAAAGAAGAAUAGCUGAGCAUUAUCUUUUUACAAUAAACAGCUAUGUUCACAUGUUUCUUAAAGGGCCAUGAAACCCCCCUGUCUCAGCAGGGUGUUUUCACACCUCUAGUUUGAAAAAAUUUAGGAAAGUGGGUGAGUCCUGCUUUGUUUAGAUGGGAGUAUUGAUUGACGAAAGAGGGAAGAGUUUGCAUGAAAGGGGGAGUUUCAGUAUGCGCACAACAGCUGAUUUUUCUCUGCAGCAACACAAACACAGGCGCAGGGGAGAUAUACAGUGACAUCAGUGGACAUCAGUAAUGGAAUAGACAGAAUAGAUAGGCAGUGGACAUCAGUAAUAAAAUGAUUUGCCUUAAUCUGAAUAAGCCUUCAUCAAGAUGAUUAAGGUGUUUACUUUUGCUUUUUGAAUGUUCCUUUCAUAAUCCCAUUUUACAUGUGACAGCACAUAAUACGAUUAACAUCAUCACAUCACUACGCUAUCCACAUUUUCUCCAGUGUUUUAUGUAAUUUCGGAUUUUUCAUUGUUACUUUGACAACUUUAACUGCAGUUUGGCACUUUCACUUUUAUUCAGGAACAUUUCAUGCUUGCCCCCUGUGACAAACGAGAUAUUGGAUUCAAGGAACUGCUGAAAGAGUGUAGUUUUAAUGCAAUUUGAUACCACGUGCCGUAUGGGAGAAAAAAAACCCACAGCAUUUCUCGGUAGGUGCAGAGAACAGCAUGAAAUAGGCAUGGGCCGGUAUAAGAUUUUGACGGUAUGAUAACCUUGGAUAAAAAUAUCAUGGUUUAACGGUAUUGUGCUCUUUGCUCUAAAAUAUAUUCUUUAAAAAAUCUGUGUAAAAAACACUUUUUUCCUCUUUGAAAACAAUAUAUUUUAUUUUUUGAAAGAUUUAUAAUAUUUUGGAGCAGUAAACAUGUCAGGCUAAAUAAUUCAAAUGAAUGAUUGACUUUUGCUGUCUUCAUUUGUAUCAGCAACACAGAUUUCUAUACAAUUUAAAAAUGGCUGGAAAUACUGUUGUUCUAAAAAACAAAUAUAAAAAA